AUGAAGCCAUUACGUUCUAAACCAAGCGACAACAUUGAUAAAUGCUACAAACUAUAUGGCUUCCCUCCUGGUUUCAAAUUUACCAAACCUUUAGGUCCUAGAAUAACUGUUGCACAUGUUAAAACUGCACCACCUGUUGAGCCUACAGUUUCUAGUACUCCAAUCACUACUUCCCCACUUCCUGGACUUACUAUUGAUCAACAUACUCAGCUUUUAAGCCUGCUGCAGCAGACUCAAAUAUCCCAGCCUACUCCUGAUGCACCUUUAUCUUCUUUGAUGGCUUCUGCCGCCUUUGCUGGCCCCUUCUCUAAAGAUGCCUCUGGUUCUUGGGAUUCCAUUUUCCAUGAGCACAUUUUCCCUUUUGCCCUCUCCAAAUCCUUCCCUUCUCCUUGGUCUCCAUUCUUUUAUUCUUUUCCUUUUCAUGACUCUUAUUUUUAUGAUCUUCCUUCUGCUGGUUCUCAUGCUACUACUGACCCUACCUUUGUGUCUUUCACUCUAUCUCCUUCCUCUUCUACCUUUCUGGACCAUUCAUGUAUGCCUAUUUCACCUUCUCCUAUACCUACUUCUGUCCCUUCUCCUGCUUCUGCUCCUUUACCUCCCCUGAGGCACUCCAUUAGACCUCACUCCAUCCCUCAAUACCUCAAAGAUUAUUCUCAUUCCUCCUUUCUUAGAAAUUCUAUUGAUCAACCUUUUAGCUCCUUAUCUGCUACUUCUACUGAGCAGAACCUCAGUAUUUCUCUCAAACUGCUGUCAUCCCAGCAUGGCAGGACGCUAUGA